GGAGUGGGGAAGGCCAGGGCCAGAUUCUGCAGCGAUUCCCGGAGAAAGACUGGGAGGACAACCCCUUCCCCCAGGGCAUUGAGCUGUUUUGUCAGCCCAGUGGGUGGCAGCUGUGUCCUGAGAGGAACCCACCGACCUUCUUUGUUGCUGUCCUCACUGAUAUAAACUCUGAGCGGCACUAUUGCGCCUGCUUGACCUUCUGGGAGCCAGUGGAGCCCACACAGGGAGCACUAGGCACCAAGGAUGCCUCGGAGAGGGAGGAGGCAGAUGAGGGAGGCUGGGGGCAGCUGUCACCUGCAGCUGCAGCCCAGCCUGGCCAGCUGUUCGCUCCGAAGACUCUAGUGCUGGUGUCUAGACUGGACCACACGGAAGUGUUCAGGAACAGCCUCGGGCUCAUUUACACCAUCCAUGUGGAGGGCCUGAACGUGUGCCUGGAGAAUGUGAUUGGGAACCUGCUGACGUGUACCGUCCCUUUGGCCGGGGGCUCACAGAGAACCAUCUCUUUAGGAGCUGGUGACCGGCAGGUCAUUCAGACCCCGCUGGCCGACUCGCUGCCUGUCAGCCGCUGUAGCGUGGCCUUGCUGUUCCGCCAGCUGGGCAUCACCAAUGUGCUGUCUUUGUUCUGUGCUGCCCUCACGGAGCACAAGGUCCUCUUCCUGUCCCGGAGUUACCAGAGGCUUGCAGAUGCCUGCAGGGGCCUCCUGGCUCUGCUGUUCCCUCUCAGAUACAGCUUCACCUAUGUACCCAUCCUGCCGGCUCAGCUGCUGGAGGUCCUCAGCACACCCACGCCCUUCAUCAUCGGGGUCAAUGCCGCCUUCCAGGCAGAGACCCAGGAACUGCUGGACGUGAUUGUUGCUGACCUUGAUGGAGGGACAGUGGCUGUCCCUGAGUGUGUGCACAUUCCACCCCUCCCAGAGCCUCUGCAGAGCCAGACCCACAGUGUUCUGAGCAUGGUCCUGGAUCCAGAGCUGGAGUUGGCUGAUCUUGCCUUCCCCCCUCCCACAGUGUCCACUUCUUCACUGAAGAUGCAGGACAAGGAGCUGCGUGCUGUCUUCCUGCGGCUCUUUGCUCAGCUCCUGCAGGGCUACCGCUGGUGUCUACACAUCGUGCGCAUCCACCCAGAGCCCGUCAUCCGCUUCCACAAGGCAGCCUUCUUGGGCCAGCGUGGGCUGGUGGAGGAUGACUUCUUGAUGAAGGUGCUGGAGGGCAUGGCUUUUGCAGGCUUCGUGUCAGAACGCGGGGUUCCUUACCGCCCCACGGACCUGUUUGAUGAGCUUGUGGCCCACGAGGUGACACGGAUGCGUGCAGACGAGAACCACCCUCAGCGUGUCCUGCGUCAUGUCCAGGAACUGGCAGAGCAGCUCUAUAAGAACGAGAACCCGUACCCUGCUGUGGCGAUGCACAAAGUGCAGCGGCCCGGUGAGGCCAGCCAUCUGCGGCGGGCAGCCCGGCCCUUCCCCCGACUGGAUGAGGGCACUGUGCAGUGGAUUGUGGACCAGGCUGCGGCCAAGAUGCAGGGUGCACCCCCAGCUGUGAAGGCUGAGAGGAGGACCACUGUGCCCUCAGGACCCCCCAUGACGGCCAUACUAGAGCGGUGCAGUGGGACACAUGUCAACAGUGCCCGGCGUCUGGAGGUGGUUCGGAACUGCAUCUCGUACGUGUUUGAGGGGAAGAUGCUUGAGGCCAAAAAGCUGCUCCCAGCUGUGCUGAGGGCCCUGAAGGGGCGUGCAGCCCGCCGCUGCCUCGCCCAGGAGCUGCAUGUCCAUGUGCAACAGAACCGGGCGGUUCUGGACCACCAGCAGUUUGACUUCGUCGUCCGCAUGAUGAACUGCUGCCUGCAGGACUGCACUUCCCUGGAUGAGCACGGCAUUGCAGCUGCUCUGCUGCCCUUGGUCACUGCCUUCUGCCGGAAGCUGAGCCCAGGGGUGACGCAGUUUGCAUACAGCUGCGUACAGGAGCAUGUGGUGUGGAGCACACCACAGUUCUGGGAGGCCAUGUUCUACGGAGACGUGCAGACCCACAUCCGGGCCCUCUACCUGGAGCCCUCUGAAGACCCAGCUGCCUCCCAGGAGGCUGGGGAAGUAUCAGCCCAGGAGGACGAGCGCUCUGCCCUGGAUGUGGCUUCGGAGCAGCGGCGCCUAUGGCCAACCCUGAGCCGAGAGAAGCAGCAGGAGCUGGUGCAGAAGGAAGAGAGCACAGUGUUCAGCCAGGCCAUCCAUUACGCCAACCGCAUGAGCUAUCUCCUGCUGCCUCUGGACAGCAGCAAGAGCCGCCUUCUGCGGGAGCGGGCAGGACUGGGAGACCUUGAGAGCGCGAGCAACAGUCUGGUCACCAACAGCAUGGCGGGCAGUGUGGCUGAGAGCUAUGACACGGAGAGUGGCUUUGAGGAUGCAGAGACCUGUGACGUGGCUGGGGCCGUGGUCCGCUUCAUCAACCGCUUUGUGGACAAGGUCUGCACAGAGAGUGGGGUCACCAGCGAGCACCUCAAGGGGCUGCAUGUCAUGGUGCCAGAUAUCGUGCAGAUGCAUAUCGAGACCCUGGAGGCCGUGCACCGUGAGAGCAAGAGGCUGCCCCCGAUCCAGAAGCCCAAGCUGCUCCGGCCUCGCCUGUUGCCUGGAGAGGAGUGUGUCCUGGAUGGCUUGCGAGUUUACCUGCUGCCAGAUGGCCGUGAAGAGGGCACAGGGGGCAGCGGAGGAGGCCCCGCACUGCUUCCGGCAGAAGGUGCUGUCUUCCUCACCACGUACCGGGUCAUCUUCACAGGAAUGCCCACUGACCCCCUGGUGGGGGAACAGGUAGUGGUCCGCUCCUUCCCAUUGGCCGCACUGACCAAGGAGAAGCGCAUCAGUGUGCAGACCCCUGUGGACCAGCUCCUGCAGGAUGGGCUGCAGCUGCGCUCCUGCACAUUCCAGCUCCUGAAAAUGGCCUUUGAUGAGGAGGUAGGGUCCGACAGUGCUGAGCUCUUCCGCAAGCAGCUACACAAGCUGCGGUAUCCGCCGGACAUACGGGGCACCUUCGCGUUCUCACUGGGCUCCACCCACACGCCUGUUAGGCCAGCCCGCAUUGCCAAGGACAAGGGCCCUUCCCUCAGAACCCUGUCCCGGAACCUGGUGAAGAAUGCCAAGAAGACAAUGGGGCGGCAGCAUGUCACUCGAAAGAAGUACAACCCUCCAGGCUGGGAGCACCAUGGCCAGCCACCCCCUGAGGACCAAGAGGAUGAGAUCUCAGUGUCGGAGGAGUUGGAGCCUAGCACGCUGACCCCAUCCUCAGCGCUGAAGCCCUCAGACCGCAUGACCAUGAGUAGCCUGGUAGAACGGGCGUGUUGCCGUGACUACCAGCGCCUGGGCCUGGGCACCCUGAGCAGCAGCCUGAGCCGGGCCAAGUCUGAGCCCUUCCGCAUCUCCCCGGUCAACCGCAUGUAUGCCAUCUGCCGCAGCUACCCAGGGCUGCUGAUUGUGCCCCAGAGCGUCCAGGACAACGCCCUGCAGCGCGUGUCCCGCUGCUACCGCCAGAACCGCUUCCCCGUGGUGUGCUGGCGCAGUGGGCGCUCCAGAGCCGUGCUCCUGCGAUCCGGCGGCCUGCAUGGCAAGGGUGUUGUCGGCCUCUUCAAGGCCCAGAAUGCGCCUUCUCCAGGCCAGUCGCAGGCGGACUCCAGCAGCGUGGAGCAGGAGAAGUACCUGCAGGCUGUGGUCAGCUCCAUGCCCCGCUACGCAGAUGCCUCAGGACGCAACACACUCAGUGGCUUCUCCUCGGCCCACAUGGGCAGCCAUGUGCCCAGCCCCAGAGCCAGGGUCACCACGCUGUCCAACCCCAUGGCGGCCUCGGCCUCCAGACGGACUGCGCCCCGAGGUAAGUGGGGCAGCGUUCGGGCUAGCGGGCGCAGCAGUGGGCUCACUACUGAUGUAGGCUCCCGGCUAGCCAGCAGAGAUGGCCUAAGCCCACCUCAGGCCAAUGGGGCCCCUCCUGACCCAGGCUUUCUGCGGCCCCAGCGUGCAGCCCUCUACAUCAUUGGGGAUAAAGCUCAGCUUAAGGGUGUGCGGCAGGACCCCCUACAGCAGUGGGAGUUGGUGCCUAUCGAGGUGUUUGAGGCGCGGCAAGUGAAAGCCAGUUUCAAGAAGCUGCUCAAGGCCUGCGUGCCAGGCUGCCCUGCCACUGAGCCUGGCCCAGCCUCCUUCCUGCGCUCACUGGAGGACUCGGAGUGGCUGAUCCAGAUCCACAAGCUGCUGGAGAUCUCAGUGCUGAUAGUGGGGCUCCUGGAUGCGGGCUCCUCUGUCCUGGUGAGCCUGGAGGAUGGCUGGGACAUCACCACUCAGGUGGUGUCCUUGGUGCAGCUGCUCUCAGACCCCUUCUACCGCACGCUGGAGGGCUUCCGCCUGCUGGUGGAGAAGGAGUGGCUGUCCUUUGGGCAUCGCUUCAGCCACCGCGGGGCCCACACCCUGGCCGGGCAGAGCAGUGGCUUCACACCUGUCUUCCUGCAGUUCCUGGACUGCGUGUACCAGGUUCACUUGCAGUUCCCCAUGGAGUUCGAGUUCAGCCAGUUCUACCUCAAGUUCCUCGGUUACCACCAUGCAUCCCGCCGUUUCCGCACCUUCCUGCUUGACUCUGACUAUGAGCGCAUUGAGCUAGGGCUGCUAUAUGAGGAGAAGGGUGAGCGCAGGGGCCAGCUGGUGUGCAGGUCUGUGUGGGAGUAUGUGGACAGACUGAGCAAGAGGACACCCGUGUUCUACAACUACAUGUAUGCACCUGAGGACACAGAGGUCUUGCGGCCCUACAGCAACGUGUCCAACCUGAAGGUGUGGGAUUUCUACACGGAGGAGACGCUGGCUGAGGGGCCCCCCUAUGACUGGGAACUGGCCCAGGGGCCUCCUGAGCCCUCAGAGGAGGAACGGCCGGACGGUAGUGCUCCACAGAGCCGGCGCCGUGUGGUGUGGCCGUGCUACGACAGCCGCCCUCGAGUGCAGCCCGAUGCCAUUUCACGCCUGCUGGAGGAGCUGCAGCGGCUGGAGACAGAGCUGGGCCGACCUCCUGAGCGUUGGAAGGACACCUGGGACCGUGUGAAAGCCGCUCAGCGCCUAGAAGUUCGGCCAGAUGGACGUGGCACCCCCAGCUCUCUGCUAGUGUCCAGCGUGCCUCACCACCGCCGCUCGCUGGGCGUGUACCUGCAGGAGGGGCCUAUGGGCUCCACCCUGAGUCUCAGCCUGGACAGUGACCAGAGUAGUAGCUCUACCACAUCUGCCCGCCAGGCUGCCCGCCGAAGCACCAGCACCCUGUACAGCCAGUUCCAGACAGCCGAAAGUGAGAACAGGUCCUACGAGGGCACCCUGUAUAAGAAGGGGGCCUUCAUGAAGCCCUGGAAGGCCCGCUGGUUCGUACUGGACAAGACCAAGCAUCAGCUGCGUUACUAUGACCAUCGUGUGGACACAGAAUGCAAAGGUGUCAUUGACUUGGCGGAAGUGGAGGCUGUGGGGCCAGGCACACCCACCAUGGGUGCCCCUAAGACUGUGGAUGAGAAGGCCUUCUUUGACGUGAAGACGACGCGUCGCGUUUACAACUUCUGUGCCCAGGACGUGCCCUCAGCCCAGCAGUGGGUGGACCGGAUCCAGAGCUGCCUGUCGGACGCUUGACCUCCCAGCCCUGCCCAGGCUGCUCUGCUUCCAGUCACUGCAGACCACUAGGGGUGGGCAGGCCGCCCCGGCCAUGUUUACAGCCCCGGCCCUCGACAGUAUUGAGGCCCUGAGCCCCCAGCACUUGUGUACAGCCCCCGCCCCGCCCACCGCCUGCCCGGCCGGCUCUAACUUAUUGUGGUGUCAUGGCUGAGCACCGUGCCGGGACAUGGCCAUGGUACAGCCCUGUGACGGGCCUGUAAAUAGUCCACCCCUCAGCCCCGCCUGUGUGCUGGCCCCGGCCGGCCAGCCGCAGGUAGUUUCUAGAACAGAGUCUAUAUAAAGAGAACUAACGGUG